UUAUAUAAAACUGCUUAACUGUGUUUGUUUUAUGUAUUAUUUAGAGUUAAAUUGUCUAGUUGUGAUUUGUGAAGUAAGUUACUUUAUAGUUUCUACUAAAAAUAUUUAAAUAUGAGUUAUAUUAGUAAAUGUGAUUGCGGUAAAUUAAGUUCUUCAAUGAAUGAUUUAAAUUGGAGUAGACAUGUUAACUCAUGUAAAGUACGAAAAUUUAAAAGAAACUCACAUGACAUAAAAUCUUUUUUUUCUGGAAGCAAUAAAAAAAGCAAAUUGACUCACCAAAUUACUGAUGCAAAAAAUACUCUUGUUGAUUUAAACAAUGAUUUAAAUGAAGAACCAGUACAUAAAGAAUGUUCGAUUGAACGUGUCGAAUGUGAACUUCAACAAGAUACUGAGAUAAACACAUGUUUGGAAAAUAAAUCUCUUGUUGAUUUAAACAAUGAUUUAAAUGAAGAACCAGUACAUAAAGAAUCUUCGAUUGAACUUGUCGAAUGUGAACUUCAACAAGAUACUGAGAUAAACACAUGUUUGGAAAAUAAAGGUAUUCAUAUGAUGGAGCUAGCAAUAUGCGUGGUAACUAUAAAGGCCUCCAAGCACGUAUUAAAUCAGAAAGCCCACAAGCAUUAUUUGUUUGGUGUCACUCACAUCGCUUAGCUUUGGUAGUAAAACAAGCAGUAUCGUGUAACUCCAACGCUGUUGAUUUAUUUGGGAACUUAGAAACUCUCUAUAC